CUUAUUAUGGUGUGAGCUUUAACCCGUAUGACCCACGCGAUGAAACCGUCUUUGCCGCCGUGGGUGGUCGAAGUGUAGUUUGCGAAUUUGAAUUUGAUCAUUGUGACAUUUGGUUUCUUAGAUUUGGUAUUUCUCCAGACUACCAACAACUUGCAACAGGAAAUCAAAUUGGACAAAUUUUUUUGUGGGAUUUACAAGAGAUUCCAUUACUUAUUGACAAAUAUAUCGAUAAAAAAAAGUCCAAAAAUACAGGAACUAAUAAAAAGGAAAAAGUUACAAUGAAAAAGAAAGGAAAUGGAUCAAAUGGUGGAAAUGGUAAAAAAUCUGCUUCAGGUGCGAAUACUCAUACUGCUGAUUCCAAUGGUGGUUCUACUUCCUCUGAUUCAGGUAAUCACGCUAGCGAUAAUUUGAAUCCAGAAAAAGUCGAAAGGAAAGAAUGUAAACCAUCGGUACUUGGUGUAGAAUCAUGUGAUAGUACAAUAAGACAAAUUGCAUUUUCGAAAAACAGAAAUUGGAUGGUUGCGGUCUGUGAUGAUGCGACCAUUUGGUGUUGGAAAAUGAAUAGAGAAAUUCAGCAAGCUGGAAAUAGUAGAUACGAUCCAAUGGUUAUAGAUGACUAA